AUGAAUGACGUAGUAGUAUUUUGGGGAAAAGUUGAUGGACUCUUCCAUCUUUGCUACCCUAAAGGGGACUCUGUUCAUUUUCAUAAUUUUCGUAUUUUGUUAGCUAUAUUUCCAAUAUUGUUUGGUUUGUUAAUCACGGCUGAAGCUAAUGAUUUGGUUGGUACCCCCACCCCUUUUGAGGUCAAGGAGGAUUCGCCUCCUCCCUCUCCCUCAGAUACACUGAGUGAUUUCCUUGCAGGGGCAGGGAUAAGUUUUGAUGAGUUGAAGCAGUUAGUUAGAGGGAGUUCUAAUACCCCCCAAGGAGGUAUCUCUACCCCAGAGUCAUCUCAGAUCCGCUUGCCGAGGCUUGGCCUCUUCUCUGGAAAGGAACCAGUUAAGCAAGGUGAAGUGGACUGGGAGACAUUUCACGAUGUCGCAAGGGAAAUAGCCACUUUGGCUGGCCUGAGCGAACAAUCAAAACGUCGUGAAAUGGUGACUCGCCUCCUAUUACCUGCUAAAGACUUUGCUAAGCAAGUCGCGGCAGGCACCACCUCACUCGAUCUACUGGCCUAUUUGGACAGCAUCUAUGGUGCUGUUCAAAACAAUAACCUGUUGCUUCAGGAGUUCAUGGGAUUGGUCCAAGGUAAGGACGAAAGACCAUCGGAUUUCCUGAAGCGACUCCAAUUGAAGGUUAGUAGAUUGGUUGAGGUGGGGGAGUUCUCCCAUCAAGCAGCAACCCAAAAGUUGCUGGACAAAUUCAAGCUCGGAUGUCACGACGAAUAUAUAUUAACGGUAACGAAUUUGCAUAACCAGAUCAUUGCACCCCCAUUUCCUAAAUUAAUUAGUAUUAUAAGAGAGGCAGAGGCAACCAGAAAUGCCAAGAUGGCCCAAUACAAACCCAACCCCAAAAUAGUCCGUAGCUAUGUGCAAUUUGAGAACAUGAGCUUAUAUCACACUGAGGAACAAAAAGAGACCCAACCAAAACACAACAAACCCCAGAAAGGCCCAAAUAAAGGAGCAUCUCCUUCCAAUAAAUCCAAAUAUCAUCCCUCAACAUCUCGUCCCAAAUCUUCCCCUCGAUGCCCAGUUAGGGUAAUCGUGUGCUUCAAGUGUGGUGAGUUUGACCACUAUCAAGAUGAGUGCGAAAACCCACCAAACCAAGAGCUCAAGAAUAGGAACAUGGCCAAAAGAGAAGAAAUUAUUAAGGCAUGGGAGGCAAUUAACGAGCCAAAAACUGUUAGGAGUCCCCCAAACGAGUAA